AUGGUGGCUGGGACUGCUGAAGCACACACGUCUUCCGACACUGGCAUGUCUCCAGAGGAGGAAUUGCCAGACGAUGGCAAAAUUUUUGCGUGUGCAGAAGCGCCGUAUCAGGGAGUGAACAGCCAGGAAGCGUUUGAUUAUUCUUCGGAUGGCAAAAAGAUAAGCAUGCGAGUGGGACCAGUGGCAGACACCUUGGAGGCAUUACAUGCUGAGGACGAGCACUUUGAUAUAGUCUUUAUUGAUGCUGAUCAAAGGGAUGCUGUUCACUACUACAGCUUUGUCAUGGAUAACCACUUGCUGAGAAUGGAUGCAGUGAUCUGUGUAGAGAAUACACUCAUGAAAGGACAAGUCUACCUGGAGAAUGUAUCAGAUGAAAAUGUAAUUUUGCCUGUGCAGAGUGGACUGAGCAUCGUUCGAAGGAUCCCUGUACCUCCAGAUGCAGUGAUUGAAUCCAAGGAAGAGGUGGUGAGGGAUGACGUCUUCUGGGGCUACAACAGGCGGCGCAUCCUGGACCGGCUGCGUUUGGAUGGCAAGGUGGCCUAUGUGACCGGCGGGGGGCAGGGCAUCGGCAGAGCCUUUGCCCACGCGCUGGGGGAGGCCGGGGCCAAAGUGGCCGUCGUGGAUCUGGUCCUUGCCAAGGCAGAGGCAGUGGUGAGUGAGCUCAGCCUCAAAGGGAUUAAAAGCCUUGCGCUGGCAGUGGAUGUGAGCAAGCCUGAGGAUGUGCAGAGGAUGGUGGAUGCAAUCGUGGCUCGCUGGGGCACGGUUCACAUCGCGUGCAACAACGCAGGAAUCAAUCUGAACUCUGCAAGUGAGGAGACUUCCCUGGAGGAAUGGGACAAAACUUUCAGUGUUAAUUUGCGAGGAUUAUUUUUGUGCUGUCAAGCUGCAGGCCGCAUUAUGCUGAAUCAAGGAUAUGGGAAGAUAAUUAACACAGCAUCUAUGGCAAGUUUAAUAGUCCCGCACCCACAGAAGCAGUUGGCUUACAACGUCUCCAAAGCCGGGGUCGUAAAACUAACACAGACGUUGGGAACCGAGUGGGUUGACAGAGGAGUAAAAGUCAACUGCAUUUCCCCGGGCAUCGUGGACACUCCGCUCAUCCGCUCCAAGGAGCUGCGGCCGCUGGUGCAGCGCUGGAUGGGCGACAUUCCCGCCGGGAGGCUGGCUCGGACCACCGACCUGCAGGCUGCUGUCGUCUACCUGGCCUCUGAAGCCUCUGACUACAUGACAGGCCACAAUCUGGUCAUCGAGGGCGGACAGAGCCUGUGGUGA